GCGACAUUGCUGCAUACAUGUGCGCUGGAACAAACUUCUAGUUGGAUAACAUUUUAGUUGGCUAAAACAUAAGAAACAAGGAUAAACAAGAUGUCUGUCCGAGCGAUAGGAGUGCUAGGCCGGGCUUGCCGCUUCAGCCGCUUUUCCCAAGGGAUAAGGCAAAGCCACCGGUCCGCCCCAGCUGCUCUUAAUCUCGCCCUGGGAUCGCAGCGAUCGCCGGCCGCCCUUUCCCUUUGUCGUUUCUCUACGGAGACCAAGAAGUCUUCCGAGUCCGUAGUCGACAAGCACGAGUUCCAGGCUGAGACCCGCCAGUUACUGGACAUCGUAGCCCGUUCUCUAUACUCCGACCACGAGGUCUUCGUGCGCGAGCUGAUCUCUAAUGCCAGCGAUGCCCUGGAGAAGUUUCGGUACACCUCGCUGAGUGCUGGGGGAGAGAAUCUGUCUGGCAAGGACCGACCGCUGGAGAUUCGCAUUACCACCGACAAGCCACUAAUGCAACUAAUCAUUCAGGAUACGGGCAUCGGCAUGACCAAGGAUGAGCUGGUCAGCAAUCUGGGCACCAUCGCCCGCAGCGGAUCGAAGCAGUUCCUGGAGCAGAUGAAAGGCAAUGAGCAGGCAGCCACCUCUGAAGCGUCCUCCAAUAUCAUUGGUCAGUUUGGCGUGGGCUUCUACUCUUCCUUCAUCGUGGCCAACAAAGUUGAGGUGUUCACCAGGGCGGCUACGCCCAAUGCCCCUGGACUGCGUUGGUCCACGGAUGGUAGCGGCUCCUAUGAGAUCGAAGAAGUGCCAGAUGUUGAGCUGGGCACGCGCAUCGUUCUGCAUUUGAAGACCGACUGCCGAGAGUAUGCAGACGAGGAGCGGAUCGAGGCUGUGAUCAAGAAGUACAGCAAUUUCGUGGGUUCACCGAUCUUGCUGAACGGAAAACAGGCCAAUGAAAUCAAGCCGCUUUGGCUGCUUGAGCCGCAAAGCAUCAGCAAGGAGCAGCACCAUGACUUCUACCGCUUCAUCAGCAACAGCUUUGAUGUUCCACGAUUCACGCUUCACUACAACGCCGACGUGCCGUUGAGCAUUCACGCGCUUCUCUACUUCCCCGAGGGCAAGCCGGGAUUGUUCGAGAUGUCCCGGGACGGAAACACCGGCGUUGCUUUGUACACACGAAAGGUACUUAUUCAGUCGAAGACAGAGCACCUGCUGCCCAAGUGGCUACGCUUCGUGAAGGGCGUUGUCGACUCUGAGGACAUUCCACUUAACCUGAGCCGCGAGCUGCUCCAGAACAGCAGCCUUAUCCGAAAACUAUCUAGUGUGAUUUCCACUCGCGUAAUCCGUUUCCUGCAGGAGCGCUCUAAGAAACAACCAGAUGAGUACGACGCCUUCUACCGCGACUACGGCCUCUUCCUAAAAGAGGGAAUCGUGACUUCCAACGAUCCAACUGAGAAGGAGGAAAUUGCGAAGCUGCUGCGGUUUGAGUCUUCCAAAUCCCCCGACUCCAGUGGCCGCAUGUCCCUAGAGGAAUACUGCAACGCCGUUCCCGCAGAGCAACAUAAUAUUUACUACCUGGCGGCUCCUAAUCGCGUUCUGGCCGAGUCUUCUCCCUAUUACGAGAGUCUAAAAAAGCGCAACGAGCUGGUGCUCUUUUGUUAUGAGCCCUACGACGAGCUGGUGCUCAUGCAACUGCGCAAGUUCAAAACUAAGAACCUGGUAUCCGUAGAAAAGGAGAUGCGCGAAGAGUCCAAGGAGACAGCAGCGGCCACCGACUUUGGCGAGGGCAGCCUUCUGCGCUCCGAACUGGAUGCUUUGAUUCCUUGGCUUGAGGGGGAGCUAAAGGGUCAAGUAAUCAAGGUAAAGGCCACGACCCGCCUGGACAGCCACCCCUGUGUCAUAACUGUAGAAGAGAUGGCUGCCGCUCGACACUUUAUCCGUACCCAAAGUCACCAGAUUCCUGAAGAGAACCGAUUUGCCCUUCUUCAGCCAGAGCUUGAGAUCAACCCUAAGCAUCCCAUAAUCAAGAAGCUUAACAAGUUGCGCGAAAGCGAUACGGAGCUGGCCCAACUUAUUGCCAAGCAGCUGUUCGCAAAUGCCAUGGUGGGCGCUGGCCUGGCCGAAGAUCCCCGCAUGCUGUUAACCAACAUGAACACACUGCUUUCGCGAGCUCUGGAGAAGUACUAGAAGGGACCUCCAUAUACAAUGUGUUAAUUUACCGACUAUCUAAUAUUAAUUUGUAUAUUUAACGAAAUUAAAUAUGUUGAAAUAGUUUUAA